CUGGAUUUGAUAGAAAAAUGGAUUGGAGCCACUCAAAAUACAAAUUAACAUUCAUUCUGAAAAACAUUGCUAUCCAAGAUCAGGGAAUGUACGGAGUGAAUGUUGAGCUUGGCUUGAGUCAGCUGCCGCUCAAGGAUUCUGUGAUUGUUAUCAUACCAGGACUCUCGUACGUGGUUCAAAAUGGCAGCUCGAUUGUCCGUAAAGAGUCAGCCUACAUGAUGGAACCUUUUGAACUAUCGUUUACAAGAUCGGAACACGACCGAACUGCUGACCGUAUCAAGUACACACUCAAAAAAGAUAACACAAGCAUUUUCAUUAUUGGAAUGAACAGAGAAGAUAACAGAUUCAGUUGCUCUCAUUAUGUUACUCCAAAACCUACACCCUGUUCUGAUGAUUCCUUCUUAGUGAACGAAACUUACGUUUCUUUCAAACUAAGAAAUGUUACCCUUCAAGAUGCUGGUCGAUACCUGUGUAUAAAGUAUUCAUCGGGGCUCUACAAUACAACAUUCGAGGAAAUCGAUCUUAAUGUACAAGAGAGACCAACUGUAGAAAUAAUUGACGAUGAAACAUCAGCUCCCAGGGCAAAAAGCAGUUAUUCCAGUAUUCAGCCUGUAUGUCAAGUAUUGGGAGCAAUAUUGAUCUUACAAGCAGUACUCGUCUAGAAAACACACCCUUCACCGUGGACGGAGGAAGCAUUGAACAUCAGUUUUACAAAAUAUGAUGAUAUAUAAUGACCCCCUCCCCCCCCCCCCCCAACCCCCGCUCCGUGCUUGUGGUUUAGAAAUUUUGAAAUGGUUUGGUUUGAAACGACCACGAACUUGUAACGUUAACAUAUGUCCUAAUAAGGACACAGUAUACGCUCUUUGUCUUCCCAAUAGCGAAUGUGUAAGACUAUAUUGUGACGCAAAGAAAGUUCUUGGCCUUUUCACGCAUCACAAAUAAUAUCCAAAAUUCUUUCACGUUCACGUGAAAUUCAAGAUGAUCACGUUUCGAAUUAAAAAUAAAAGCCAGA